AUGCGCAAGAAGCUCAAGAGGCUGAACGUGAACUUGUCAAUGUGCAAGUACUCGGUGAUCGAGAACUGCUGCAAGAGCCUUGGCUUCAAGAUCACACAGAGUGAGAGCCAGUGGCAUCUCUUCUGGACCGACAUGAGCGUUGGGGAGGAGCGGUGCAUGCGGCUGCGCCGGCCCCAGAAGUUGAACCACUUCCCCGGCAUGCAGGAGAUCGCGCACAAGUGCAAGCUAGCGAAGAACUUGAACCGGAUGCAGACGGAGCUGCCGGGCCUGUACAACUUCCACCCUGAGACCUUCUCUCUGCCCGUGGAGUUCAACGCGUUCCAGCGAGCUGCUCUCGGGGACGGGAAGGAGAAGAAGUCAAGGAAGACCUACAUCGUGAAGCCUGAUGACGGGGCGUGCGGGGUCGGGAUCUUCUUGACGAGGAAGCCGUCGAGCAUCCCGAGGAAGCUCUCGUGUGUGGCUCAGAGGUACAUGGGGAAGCCGCUGCUGAUCGAGGGGAAGAAGUUCGACCUGCGCCUGUACGUCCUGGUGACGAACAUGGUGGAGCUGCGGGCGUAUCUGUUCUCAGAGGGGCUGGCGAGGUUUGCGAGCGAGGCGUAUGAGAAGAUCAGCACCGGGAACAUGGACAUGCGGUACAUGCACCUGACCAACUACUCGGUGAACAAGCAGCACAAGGACUUCGAGACUGACGAGGAAGCGAACGCGAGCAAGGGGAGCAAGCGGAGCCUGGGGUUCGUGCGGUCAUGGCUGAGAGCCAACGGGUACGACGUGAAGAAGAUCUGGGAGGAUAUCGAGAGAUGCAUCGUCAAGACGCUGCUGGCAGUGCAGCCGCAGGUCGCGCACGCGUACAGGACCAGCAUCGCGGGGAACCACGACAGCGUCGGUUUCUCCUGCUUCGACCUGCUGGGGUUCGACAUCCUGCUCGACGAGGAAGGAAAGCCUUGGGUGAUCGAAGUGAACGAGAUGCCCUCCUUCGACACUGCCGCCCCCAUCGACGAGGCCGUCAAGACGGCUGUGGUGACAGAGACGCUGCUCCUUGUG